AUGUCGUUUACGAUUGCGAUUCGCGCAGGUCCCGCGCACCUCGCUGCGAAGGCGCCGCAGCUCGCGGGAGCGUCGGCCUUCCGUGCCUUCCACUCGACACCGAAAAACAGCUUCUUCACCUCGAGGACGGCGUCGCUCGCUUUCCGCUCCAACACCAAGUCUUCCAGCAACAUCCUCUCCAAGCUGCGCGGCGCGUCGCGUGGCUACCAAACACAGUAUGAGUCCGUCUACGUCGACCCCGCAGCCCGCCGCGCGCAGCUCAUGCGCAAGCUGUUGAUCGGCGGUGCCAUCUUCGGCGGCACUCUCGUUGGCAUCAAUGCCGUCUUCAACCGCGAAACGAGGGAGGAUGGGGGAAUGCCGCCAUUUGAGAGGUCGUAUCUGAACCGGACGUUCAUGCACACGGGUCUCGGUGUCGGCAUCAUCGGCCUGUCCGCCUACCAGAUGGUUCAGAGCGGUUUCGUCUACCGCCUGAUGGUCACCAACCCGUGGAUCGUCGGUAUUGGUGGUCUCGCUCUCAGCAUCGGCAGCAUGGUUGCUACUCGUGCGAUCGAUCCCGACAACUACAUCCCCAAGUACGCCUGCUGGGCCGCCUUCAACGCCACCCAGGCCGCUCUGAUCGCUCCUCUCAUGACUGUUGCCCCGCCGGCACUGCUCGCCCGCGCUGGUCUCUACACGCUCGCCAUGAUGGGCAGCAUCUCGUUCGUGGGCGCCACCGCCAAGCAGGACAAGUACCUCUACAUUGGCGGCCCGCUCCUGGCCGGCGCUGCCAUCGUUGCCGUAUCCGGGUUUGCGCCUCUCGUUCUUCCCGCCACGGCUGUCCGCACCCUGGCCGUCACUGAGAACCUCUGGCUCUAUGGUGGUCUGGCCGUGUUUGGCGGCUUCACGCUGUACGACGUGCAGAAGGUGCUGUACCACGCGCGGGCGGCACAGCGCGGCAUCAUCAAGGAGGACCCCGUCAACGAGAGCAUCAGCCUCGAGCUCGACUUCCUCAACAUCUUCGUCCGGAUGGUGCAGAUCCUGAUGAUGCAGAACAGCAGGAGGAAGUAA